AUGGCGGGCGCAACAAAGCCCUCGGUGGUGCUCGAAGCCCACGAGGUCGACACUUUCCACGUUCCACAGGCUUUCCACGAUAAACAUCCCACCGGAACCCACCUCAAAGAUAUCAAUGAGUACAAGGCGCUCUAUGAGGAGUCAAUCAAGAGCCCGGACACAUUCUGGGCCCGCAUGGCUCGCGACCUGCUCACGUUCGAUCGAGACUUCCAGACCACACACUCCGGCUCCUUGGAGAACGGCGACAGCGCCUGGUUUGUGGAGGGUCGCUUGAAUGCCUCCUUCAACUGUGUCGAUCGCCAUGCUCUGAAGAACCCCGACAAGGUUGCCAUCAUCUACGAGGCUGAUGAGCCUAAUGAGGGCCGCCAGAUUACAUACGGCGAGUUGCUACGCGAGGUCUCUCGCGUCGCCUGGACCCUGAAGCAGCGGGGCGUGAAGAAGGGCGACACUGUUGCCAUCUACCUCCCCAUGAUUCCCGAAGCUUUGAUCGCAUUCCUCGCCUGUUCGCGCAUUGGCGCUGUUCACUCCGUGGUUUUCGCCGGUUUCUCUUCUGAUUCACUGCGGGACCGUGUGCUCGAUGCAAACUCCAAGGUUGUCAUUACCUCCGAUGAGGGUAAGCGCGGCGGCAAAGUUAUUGGUACUAAGCGCAUUGUCGACGAGGCGCUUAAGCAGUGUCCGGAUGUGAACACUGUCCUUGUCUACCGCCGCACUGGCGCUGAGGUGCCCUGGACUCAGGGCCGUGAUCUCUGGUGGCACGAGGAGGUUGAUAAGUACCCCAACUAUAUCGCUCCCGAGUCGAUGAACUCCGAGGACCCUCUGUUCCUGCUGUACACCUCCGGCUCGACUGGCAAGCCUAAGGGUGUCAUGCACACUACCGCUGGCUAUCUCCUGGGUGCUGCUAUGACCGGCAAGUACGUUUUUGACAUUCAUGACGAUGAUCGUUACUUCUGCGGUGGUGAUGUUGGUUGGAUCACCGGUCACACUUACGUGGUGUACGCUCCACUCUUGCUGGGCUGUGCGACUGUCGUCUUUGAGAGUACUCCUGCAUACCCCAACUUCUCACGUUAUUGGGACGUGAUCGACAAGUACGAUGUCACACAGUUCUAUGUGGCCCCUACCGCCUUGCGACUGCUUAAGCGUGCGGGCGACGAGCACAUCCACCACGAAAUGAAGCAUCUGCGUGUGCUGGGUUCCGUCGGUGAGCCAAUUGCCGCAGAGGUGUGGAAGUGGUAUUUCGAGGCUGUUGGAAAGGAGACUGCCCACAUUUGCGAUACCUACUGGCAAACCGAGACCGGCUCUAACGUCAUUACCCCCCCUUGGUGUGCUUCCCUGCCUUUCUUCGGCAUUGAGCCUGCUAUCAUCGACCCUGUCUCUGGAGAGGAGAUUAGUGGCAAUGAUGUCGAGGGUGUCUUGGCUUUUAAGCAGCCUUGGCCAAGUAUGGCUCGCACUGUCUGGGGAGCACACAAGCGCUACAUGGAUACCUAUCUGAAUGUUUACAAGGGAUACUACUUCACCGGUGAUGGCGCUGGUCGGGAUCACGACGGCUAUUACUGGAUUCGUGGGCGUGUCGAUGAUGUUGUCAACGUUUCUGGCCAUCGUCUGUCCACCGCUGAAAUUGAGGCUGCACUUCUGGAGCACCCGAUGGUUGCCGAGGCUGCUGUUGUUGGUAUUAGCGACGAGUUGACCGGCCAGGCCGUCAACGCCUUUGUUGCCUUGAAGGAGGGUAAUGAGACCAACGACCAGGUGCGGAAAGACUUGGUGAUGCAGGUUCGCAAGUCUAUUGGUCCAUUUGCUGCCCCCAAGGCCGUGUUCGUUGUCGAGGACCUUCCCAAAACUCGCAGUGGCAAGAUCAUGCGUCGCAUUCUGCGGAAGAUCCUCAGUGGCGAAGAGGACAGCCUUGGUGAUAUUUCUACGCUCUCUGACCCCAGUGUUGUGGAAAAGAUCAUUGCCACUGUCCACGCAGCCCGUCCGAAAUAG